AUCAGCUGCCGGUUCCUGAUACUGACUGAGGAAGGAGAAGGUGAGAGCGGAGAAGGAGGGAAGAGGUGUCGUCCCCUCCGACCACAUCUUGAUCAGCAAGAAGAGCGACUGGAGCUUAUCCCCAAGACGCGUACGAGUCGGUCAUGCUGAGGAGCUUCGCCCGGCUGGCUAAGGGGCUCACUCGCUGGACGGGCCCCAGAUGUGGUCCCCCAGCAGCAGAAGCAGCAUCUCGAGGAGUCUUGCCUUCUUCCCAGUUGUGGAAAGCCGCAGCACUAUUCCAUGAGUCUGAGCAGGCAAAGGACUAUGCCAUCCCCAACGCCAGCUGGAGUCCAGAGAUGGUGAAUCAGUUCAACAGGUUCAUGGCGAUGGCAAAAGAAGGAACGUGGAAAAAGCUGCCUUCUUAUAGGAAUAUGAUAGAACACGUUCCAGAAAGGAUGAGGGAAGGGAACGAGCUAAAGGACGGAACCAGCCGUCUCUUCCUCAGGAACCUCGACAAGGAAGGCAUGGGCUUUGAAUACGCGAUGUUUCUCAACCCGUCAGAGAAAAGGAUGGUUUCCGUGUUCCAGCUUGGUCCCUACCUCGAGGGGCCUCCAGGGUUUGCACAUGGCGGCUCCAUCGCCACCAUCCUCGACAGCGUCCUUGGGGCAUGUGCCAUCUUCGUCGCUGGCAGGGUGUUUACCGCAAACCUCACCAUAAACUACAGGAGUCCUAUCCCGCUGGGCUCCGUAGUCUUGGUGGAGAGCAAGCUGGACCGGAUAGAGGGCCGGAAGGUGUUUGUCACUGGGCAUGUGCAGAGUGCCGAUGGGCAGACGGUUCACACAGAGGCCACAGCUCUCUUCAUCCAGUUCCAGUUAAAGGACUCCAUCCAACAGCAAGCCUCUUCCAAGUAGCCCACCAGAAGAAGUCCAGUCUUUCCCCCUGAAAGCUGGUCAUCCUGAACAGGUCCAGUCGAAUGCCCAGCCUUAAGCACUUUCUCCUGGGGAGACUGACCUCCACAAAUGCGUUUUGGCUCCCUCCUGAACCAAAUCUGCACACUUUGGCAAGUGUGCAUUUCCUCUUCACACAUUUGACUGCAGAGUGUGCCCUGUCUUCUUGGCCAGUAUCUCCUCGAUGGGCUGUUCCUGUUACACAGAGCUCUCAGAGCUGAACCGUGGCAGCUCUUUCAGAGGCCGUUCUCCGCGAUGCAGUGUUGAACUUUGAAGCAGUGUUUCCCCGGCCUUUGCCAAGCCAAGCUUGCCUUCUAUCAACAAUGGGUUUCCACUUCCUCCGCUGUUCACCUGUCGGCCUUCGGUUGCCAACAACCCUCCUCAACUUGUCCAGAAACCACACCACCUCUUUCAGGAAGGAACCUUGCCUCUUUACCUUUUGGGGAAAUGCUACAAUCCUAGAAACUGGUUCCUGGGAAAUCUGGAUCUCUUUUGUACAUAAAAGGCGGCUGUUUCUUCUGGAGAAAAGGAUUUAGGCCAAACAGUGUUGUCAUUGCUACUUAACCAGACUCUUGCCACUUCUAGGGCACAUAGGAAGGGGUUUUUUUGUAU